AUGUACAUGUAUAUGUGUACUUAUUCCAUAGGAAAUGUUGAUUAUUCUAAUGUUAGUGAGACUAUCACAUUCACCAAUAGCAGUAAAAGGUUUACUGGUGUACUGAGGAUUAUUAAUGAUAGCAUUGUGGAGACUACAGAGACUCUAAUACUAGCUCUUAGUAGCUCAGAUCCAUUUGUUGAUCUAGUCAAUGCUACUGUAUCUAUUUCUGACAGUGCUUCAUCAAGAGUAACUGUUGGAUUCUUACCUAAUUCAUGGUCACUGAUUGAAGGUGCUACAGUUAUUGUAUCCCUUAGAGUUAUUGAGGGAACAUUGGCUAGAAAUAUGUCACUGAACAUGACAAUUGUACCUAGCACUGGUAGUGAUUUUAACAUAGUUCCUGAUUUAAGUGAAUCAGCAUUUACCUUUAAAGGGCUGACAUAUCAACUACUCAUUGUAACUUUUGCUGAUAAUAUUUUAGAAGGAAAUGAAGAAGUAUUGGUAUCUGUUUCCUCAACUGAUCCUGCUUUUAUUAGCGAUGGUCCGUUAAGAGUAACCAUUGAAGAUGCAAAUAGAGUUAGGGUUGAAUUUUCACAGACUAGUCUCUCAUUAUCUGAAGAUGCAGGGACAGUUAGUGUGUGUGCUGAUUUGAUAUUAGUUGGUAAUACAAGAGAAUUAGCAAUUCCAGUUUCUGCUGAUGCUGUUGUUGUCAAUGAAACUGCAUUUGAAUUUCUUGAUUUCACUUUUGAUUCUAAGGUGUUUUCAUUCUCUACAAAUUCACUGACUUCUUGUGUUAACAUGAGCAUAAUUAAGGACACAAUCAUUGAAAGUGCUGAGAGAUUCAGUCUUACUCUGAGGACAAGCACCCCAGGAGCACUAAUAGAAGAAAAUGCUGUAAUGAAUAUAACCUUGAUUGAAGAUGAUGUUGCCGUCUUUGAAUUUACAAGGCCAUCAUAUGCAGUAAAUGAAGGAGAGAGUGUUGAAAUAUGCGUCGGAUUGAGUAACAAUGUAGCAAUACAAAAUGAUGUGAGUAUUAUUGUCAGCAGUGAAGGAAUUGAAGCAACAGAUGGAGUGGAUUAUCCUAUAGUAAACCAAACCCUAGUGUAUCGUCAGGGUGGACCUGAUCCGUGCUUUAACAUAUCACCAAUCAGUGAUUCUAGAUUUGAAUCAGCUAUGGAAAGAUUCAGACUAAGAAUGAGAUCAAGUAGUCCAUUGGUGGCAGCUAGCGAUACAGCUAUUGUUGCAAUCACAGAUACUGAUGUUAUGGGACUUAUUUUUCCAACGGGUACCCAAGAGGUCUCAGAAGGAGAGACGGUAUCAGUUUGUGUUACUCCAAACAUUACGACUGAUAUUAGCUUUACAGUACCAGUAAACGCUACUGGAAUCACUGCCACAUAUCCAAGUGAUUUUACUCCACAGCAGCUAUCAAUCGCUGUGCAGCCUUUCUCUUCAGGCAUGCCCCAGUUUUGUUCUUCUCUCUCCAUCAUUGAUGAUCCAGAAGCUGAACAACAUGAAACCAUUGCUCUUGCAUUAGCACCAAUGCCAUCCUCUAGAAUAGUACCAGCACAAAGCUCAAUGUACACUCUGAUAAUCAAAGAUAAUGACGAAUUUGGUGUAACAUGCAAUAUUAACUCAACGCAAUGGGUAUCAACAUUCAAUGGAACUGCUCGGUACCUCUUUGACAGGAAUUGUGAACACAAAUUAGUCUCAUCUUGCAAUUCUUCAAGGAUCGACAUACGCGUCGACUUUUUAAACAGGACCCUAUCAUCCGGCCUCAUAGCAAUCAUGCACGAUGAACAGAAGAUAGUGUUUUCAGCUUAUUCUGUUACAUCACGGCCUGCCCCAUCUGUUAGCAAUAUCAGCAUAAUUCAACAAGUCGACUCUGUUACAGUCACGCUCAAUAGCAUUGGACUCAGUGUGAACUUCAGUAAAAAUGCAGUCACUGUUGUUGUCUUUGGAGAUGCUUUGAUGAUGCGCUUAAAUGGACUAUGUGGAGCAUUGAAUGGUGACCUUGUCUACUCUGAUUGUCAGAGGACUGCCAAUUUUAUGAAUAGGACUUCCGUUAGUGAGUUCAUUACUAGCCAUUUUGUGGAAGCACCUGAACAGCUUGCUAGACCAAACAGAGAAGAAUGCGGAAUAAUAAGAAAUGAUACUGCCCAAGGUGAUCCACUCUUCACUGUUCCUAUUUUAUAUACAAGAGUGGCUAACCUAACUGGCCCACUGCAUCUCUGCUAUGAAAUACAUGGCAAGCCUGAUGCUUACUUCAACUACAUCUCAGACGAUUGCACAUCCGUCACGGCUCAUUACGUUCAAUCAACAAAUGCUCCAAUUUAUAACAUCAUUGAUAGCAUUUCAAUUGUAGCCAUUGAUUCUGCCGAUCAUUGUCAUCAAAUACAAGUCAAUAGUAAUGGCUGUACUGCAACUUAUGAUGGUGUAUCCAUUACACGUAAUAGUCCAGGACCUGGUUCUAAUGAUAUAAGGUCUCCGUUUAGUCAUCGUGGUAUUAGCAUAAGGAGGUAUAGCGACAGGGUCAGGAUCAAAGUCCCCAAUUGUGCUGAUGUUAGUCUGGUUAUGUGGGUUGUCUGUGAGACUGUGAACAUUAGCGAUCCAUACACUGGAGUUAAUCUGGGCCCUGUGACUAUGAUAAAAUUCAUAAUAUCCCGGGGGUUCAAUCUUCAUGAAUAUUCCCAUGGCUUGAUAGGUCAGUUUUGGAAUAUUCCGAUUAAUGUAUCAAGUUUCAACGGAGUGUCUACAUACCCUCCAAGAUUUAACGACCUACUCUACACAGUCUCCAUCAAUCAUCCAGUGGAUCCUCAGCGCCAGUUUGUUGGACUACUCUACAGAUCUUGGACACAGCGUGGAACUAGUUGCUUGCAUGUUGGCAACAAGCAAGCUGGAAAAAUCCGUGAAAUCGAGUCUCCAAACGACCCUGUCAUUAGAGGGACCUACACUGAUUACGAAGUUUCUGGACCUUUUGAUACUCAGUUUGUGUAUUCUGUGUUUAAAAGGAGUGACAGUUGUUGAGUAGUGGAUGAGUGAUAUCUGGAAUUAAUGAUCAUUGUUUCUUUAUUUCGUCGUUUUAUUAGUAUAGUGAUUUUUAUUCUUUUU